AUGGAAGUCACUCUCAUCGUGACUGAAGAUGAUGGACCAAGACCUGGGAAACCACUGCUUCCUCAGCUCGAAGCGAUUGCCGCGACGUCUGCUCCAUCGACAAUUCUGAUUCAUUCUGGGGAUGCCUUUGACAUAUCUUUCGAUCAUGACACUUUUACCAACACCCGCCCCUCCACCGUAUACUAUGGGACAUCUCCAGGUAAUGCCCCGCUACCUUCCUGGGUGGGAUUUGACCAGUCAAAUCUUCGAUUUUCAGGUGUCGCACCUAAUAUUGGACCUCAGACUUUCGCUUUUAGCCUUGUCGCCUCAGAUGUGGCUGGUUUCAGCGCAGCCACCAUGACUUUUGAUGUGACUGUCAGCCCGCAUAUUCUCUCAUUCAACCAAAGUGUGCAGACUUUCUUCGUUAGCAGAGGAGAGCAGUUUACCAGCCCUCGGUUCAGGGAGGCGUUGAGAUUAGAUGGGCGAGAACCAGCAAAUGCUGAUUUGACUGAUAUCCAAACAGACUCUCCUUCCUGGCUAGAGUUUGACAACACUACUAUCUCAUUUACAGGGACUCCACCGGUUGGUGUGGCGGAUGAAAAUAUCACUAUUUCCGUCACAGACAAGUAUCAAGAUAUAGCAAGGCUUAUCGUUAGUCUGCAAUACUCCCAAUUCUUUCACGAUAUAGCCGAAUGCGAUGUGGUCAUCGGAAGCUACUUUUAUUUUGUUUUUGACAAUACAGUCCUGACGAAUGAUUCCGUUCAACUUGAAGUCGAUCUGGGAACUCAGCUCCCAUGGCUGCAGUACAAUCCCGAUAACAAAACUCUUCACGGCUUUGUUCCAGCUGAUUUCAGCCCAAACAAAUAUACAGUUAAGCUUACCGCUCAUGAGGGGACCGCAGAAGAUACCAAGAAAUUUGCAAUUAAUAUCUUAGACAAUGGAAAUUCUCCUGAUCAAGGCACAGACAAGUCCGCAGGCUCCUCCGAGGGAAUCGAUGGAAAGAAAGCCGGAAUAAUUGCUAUUUCGGUCGUGAUUCCUUUUGCCUUUUUAACGAGUCUUUUGCUUCUUUUUUGUUGCUGGCGCCGCAAGCGCAGGACACAUGAAGAAGAACAGCUGUCGAAGGAGAAAGUGCCAGACUCAAAUGGCUCAGAGCUACAAUGCUGUCAGCCUUCUGAAGAGACCACUCAAUGCAAUCUCUCUAAACCGACCAGAGAACCCCCGGGACUAUCCUCGAACCCACCAAAAUUGGAACUAGGGCCUUUGUGGGACACAAGUCCCUUGGACGACAGUGAACAGGGACGACCUACCGAAGGCAGGACAAACACACUUUCCGCUUCGACUGUUGAUUGGGAUAUCGCUCCGUUGAAAGUAUCUGAGCCAGGAAAGGAGAAGCAGGUCGACGAUAUUGCCAUUCCACUCAAGCGGCUGUCGUUCCAGAACAGUCCACCUAUGCGCAGGCGGGCUACCACUAAUUCACGAAAGCGAGAACCUCUCAAACCAAUCCAACCAAGGAGAUCGUUAAAGCGAAACUCAGUGCACUCAUCCAAAUCGAGAAGGUACUCCAAACGUUCUAGUGGAAUAUCAUCCGUUUCAUCAGGACUUCCCGUAAGGCUUAGCGGUGCAGGGCACGGUGCCGGUGGCUUCGGGCCUCCUGGGCAUGGAGUAGUUAGAGUGUCAUGGCAAAAUACGCAUGCAUCUUUCCAAAGCGACGAAAGCGGCGUUGGGAACCUAGCACCUUUGUUUCCUCGGCCCCCACCUCGAGCAAGAGGUAGUGUAGAGCUUUCAAAGCGGAUGAGCUUACGAACAGUUGAGCCUGACACACUGACAAUUUCGGAGGCUGAUUCGUUGGAGGCAUUCGUUCACAGUAGGGCGAAGAACCGAAACUCGUCCAACCCCAUGUUCUCCGGUCAGUUUGGCCGCAGAACAUCUUCAGGUCUUCGUGCCCUGGAGAGAGCUCGAAGCACAGCUAGCCGCACUGAUACUUUAUAUAGCUCCAGUUACUAUGAUGACUACAGGCGAUCCAUACAUGAACGUCCGUGGUCUACGGCAAUGUCUGCCUCUAUCUAUACGGAUGACAAUCGACAGUCUACGUAUCUCGAAUCUCUGUCCGAAGAAUCCUUGAAUGUACGGCCACUGGGUUCAAUGGCCAGAGGACUAAGCCAAUCAAGCUUGGCACAGAACUACUCAGAGGCAAUAGCACCGCUUCCUCGGUUGCUCAGCGAACUAAGCCUUGCCAGUGCACGGCACGUUGAGUCGCAUGACGUGCACGACGACUUAGGGGGUCCGCAACAUAUCGGUGAACGCCAGAUCCAUGAACCAGGGUGGUAG